AUGCCGAAUACCGAGAGACCCCGAGCCAGGCCAAAGCUCCGGAACAGAAACCGGAUUCGGGCCAGGCCCGCCACGCCCGAGGAUGUGCUGGAGAAUCACCUUCAGAAGCUCUUCGAGGAGCAGGAGCUACUGCACAACCUGCUGAUUAGCCAUCGUCCGGGGAUCAAGGCCCAGCUGGAGGAUCUCGGGGGCGAGAGCAACUACGAGUUCGACACCCAGGACGAGGAGGCGGAUGAAGAAAAGCAGCUAAACUUCAAGCCGGUUGACGAGAAUCCAAAGGAUUUUAGUGGCCAACCAGAUAACGUAAUCCUGGCCGAGGAUGUGGAGGAGGACUACUCGGAUCCUCCGAAAUUCGAAGACCUUCCGAUCCUUCCGCCUCGAAUUUAUCCGCAUUGCAAGAACCACAUCACUAGUGCUAUUCCACUGCCCAUUUUGGUGGGCAAAUGCACCGCACCGAAGGUCGACGGACAGGGCUACGAUCCGCCCUUCCUUUAUCCCGAUUUCAUUGCCAAAAACGAGAAGAGUCGCGUGAAGUACAUCUUCACUUUGGUGGAUAGUUUGGUCCAGCAAAUGGAGCGUUUUCUUAAACUCAACGAACAUUCGGUGGGCGAGGGAGCCAAAAAAAAGCGACCCACCGGAACUGUUCCCAAAUCGAAGUCCCAGAACCAAUUCAAAAUCGAUCAAGUGGGUCAUGCGAAAUAUACGAUUAUUGUCAAGCCUCGUUUAAGGGAGCCAAAGCAACACAACCAGUCGAAGAAUCAUCGUUUGGCCAAAAGUAAGAUGCCGAAAUCCAAACCGGAAACUAAUCCCGAACUGGAUUUGGAUUUGGAUUUGGAUUGUGAAUUCGGCAUGGAGCACAUUGAGAAGUUUCGAGCCAAUACGGUUCGCGAUGAAAAGCCUGGGAAAUCCGGAACCAAAAAGAAAGUUCAGGAGAAACCCGCUGAAAAUGCUGAAGGUGCUGAAAAGGAGGAAGAAGAAGAAGAUGAAGAUACAGAGGUGGAGGAGGAAAGAGAGGAGAAAGUAAUGUUGGUAAAGUUGAAAAAACAGGAACCGAUAUUCGAAACAAUUCUGAGUAGACCACCAUCAAAGAAGGAUGAAUACUCGUAUAUGUCGAUUCUUGAAGCUGGCCUGGCCAAAGCCCGUAGAAAGCAGUUGAGACGGGAGAAAAAGUAUGGCAAUGUCACUCCGCGACCUUCGACGCCCUCCACGCGACCUUGCACGCCCAUCGAAGAGCCGCCUGCUGCCCCGAAAACCUCGAAACACUCCACGUUCUAUGAGCUAUUUGCGGCCCAAUUGGAUGCCGGUCAACUUGAAAGGAGCACCCUAACGCCAUGGCGUCUGUUACAAGCCAGAGGACCCCCGCCAUUAAAGAGCUGGCAACGGGAAAUCGUUAGGUUUGUGCGAGAGUAUAAGAAGGAAACAAAACGAAGACAAAGAAUGAAAGAGAGGGUCAGAAUGGGAAAGAAGCCCAUGGCGAAAAGAAAGCCCAAAACUUUGCUAGAAGAAGUAUUGGGUAAAAAGGGAUCGCGAAGGGAGCUGCUGCACCGGAAGUACCAUUAUGUGCCCAUCAAGUUGAAGAAGAAGCGCCACCGGCACUACAAGGCCUACAAAAGGCAGAAGGAAUGGUUCAGGGCGGAACGUCAAUACAAGCGAAUCCUGUACCUAAGGAUUUUCCGACCCGACGAUCUCUUCAAGACCAAAUUGACCAAGAGGGAAAAAUGGGCCCAGGGGCGUCAAUUCUUCAACAUACGAAUCCUGGAUCCGGUGAAGCCCAGGAAAUUUCCCAAAACAGAAGUACCCGAAAUGCCAGCCGAGGAAGAGUGGUCAGAGGAUGAGGAGGAUCCCGACGCCAGUCCCAGGCCCAUGGACAAGGGUCAGAGGUUGAAGAACCUGCUCAUGGAAAGCGCUCGCCUGAAGCGGCAGGAGAAACUCCAUCAUUUGGUACUGCCCGAGGAUCCCCUGAGGGCAGUCUACCUGCCCCUUCUAGAGCGACGAAAGAGCCUGGUCGAUAACGCCACAGAAAAGAUUCCUGAGAAGGAGGAACCCGAAAAAGUAGAAGAGAAUCAACCCGAAGCAGUGUUAGAAACAUUGGAUAGUGCCAGGACUUUCUAUAGCACAUCCACCACUAUCGAACUUUCCAAUGUUCCACUGUCGAUAGCCACAGUUAGCACUCUCUUCUACGAGUCCAAGCCACCACCAAUCGAAGCAAUCGAAGCUAAGGAGGCAAUCGAAAACAAAGCCCCCGAACCCAUCAAAAAAGAAAAGAAAGCGGAAAGAAAGCGAGAGAAAAAGGAAAGACACCAUCAUAGAGUUGGUCCCAAAAUCCGAUUGCCCGAUGAUAAGGCGGAAUUCCGGAGAUACUUCGAUUUGGAUGGUAUUUCGCUGUACAUCCUGAAGCGCAUGUCCAAGAUGAAGCCCAAGAAGAGCCGGCCACGCAUCGAAGGUCGCGUAAGGAUCUCCAACUAUCUGACGCAUUUCUACUGGCAGCGUUUGCGACGCGAUGAUCCGUACUUCCAUUGGUUCGUCAACGAGGGCUUCUACCCGGCUCACUACCUCACUAAGCUGAAGGAACUCAAGGACCUCCAGGUCCAGACGAAUGACCAACUGGAUGAGGAGAUUCUGCAGUACAUAGAACGGAUGAAUAAGGCGGUCAGUGAGGGCGAGGAGAAACCGUUGACCCUAACCUGGCAGAUGGCCCACCUGAUGGUCACCUCCUACUUCUGUGUGCUCUACCACAGAGCCACUUCGAAGCGCCGACCUGUCGAGGAGAGGUCAUUGGUCCGGUGUCGCAUUGCCGUCUCGGUGGUGGAGCUGUAUCAACAGGAACUGAGUCGCGGAUGGGGAAAGGACAUUCGGGUGAAUUGCAGGCGACUGAUGAGCUGGGCCCGCUGGCACGAGACUCGCGUUCGGCUGAUCUACGAAGAGGCACUUGUGAAUGCCGAGGAGAGGUCCUCUAUCGAAACCUGCCUGGUGAUGCGUACUCCGAAUUUGGAGUGCCUCGAUGAGUUCUACGAACGUCGUGUUAUGCCCCGACCCGAUGCCUUGGCCAUCAAUCCGUUGGCCCACAAGAUACGUCGCUAUCCCCAGAACAAGAAGAUAAAGAAAAAGAAUAAGCGUAGUGUUGGAAAACGCCAUCGAAAGUUCCCUUGUCCCAUUCAGGGUUGCAAGAUGACUUUGCGCUCCAGUGUUGUAAUGUCGCACUUUCUCAGCGAUCACUGCCGCCGUUUGCAGGAGCUUUGGCUCACCGAUCGCAUGGUUCUGAUGUUCUAUCCCAGUUCCUAUCCGCCCGAGCAGAUCUACUGCAUUUGUGUGCUGGCCCUGUUGGUCAGGAUGCCAGCCAAAAAGGCCCCGAUACCACGGACCAUAAUCAACGAUCAGUUGCCCUCACAAUAUCUGUAUUUUGCCGAACAUGCUCCGUGUUUUCUGAUGUUCGCCCAGGUCGAAAGGUCAACGAUUGAGGAAAAACCAUCUGCAGAUCCCAAACCCAAUAAUCGUGACUCUCUAUACAUCUUUUGGCUAACCAGCGCCGAUUUUCAUCUGAAAAAUGUCGUCUGUCGCGUCUACAUUUAUUGCCAGGAUCGCAGUCUCAAGGGAAAUUCGCUGUUGAAUUUCGUUAGCAUGUCGGAGUUUAAGAGCGUUGCCCAUCUGGUCAAAAAUCAGCCGGGCAGCUAUCUGGCCAUCGAUUAUAAAACUAUGGCAUCGCUGACCAAGGACUUCAAGGAACUGCUCUUUAUCGAGGUGCGCUACCUCAAUAAAAUGGUCGAGCAUGAAGAUUCCAAUGACGAGACCUUCGAUGUUUAGAAAUUUGAACCUCUGGGCAGAAAACUUUGAGGGAUAUCAACAGCUUAAUUGGAACUUAACUGGAACUAUAUAUAUAUUUUUAUAUGCCAACUUUGGAAAAUUAUUGUGUCACUUGAAAUAAACACAGGUUGUGGGUAAUAAAUUGAAGAAUUCCUUUAAGAA